AUGGCGGUGUCUGAGAGUAAUAGAUAUUGCCUCUAUGCCUGCAUGUCGUUGCUUCUAAUAACCGGCAAUUCCAUCGAUGACUGCUGGCGUUGUGAUCCCAACUGGUUCUACAACCGAAAGCGUCUCGCGGAUUGCGCCGUUGGUUUUGGCAAAGAGGCCAAGGGUGGCCGCGAUGGACGCUUUUACGUUGUCACCGACUCGAGCGACAACGAUGUUGUAAACCCUAGACCAGGCACUCUCCGCCACGCUGUCAUCCAGACCGAGCAUCUCUGGAUCGUUUUCUCUAAGGACAUGUUGAUCACACUGAAGCAGGAGCUGAUCAUGAAUAGCUUCAAGACCAUUGACGGCCGCGGAGUCAACGUUGAAAUAGCUUACGGAGCAGGCAUAACGAUCCAAUAUGUCACAAACAUUAUCAUCCAUGGUGUGCACAUCCACCACUGCAAGCCUACAGGAAAUGCUAUGAUGAGAAGCUCCCCAUCUCAUUUUGGAUGGAGAGGAAUGGCGGAUGGCGAUGCCAUCUCCAUCUUCGGAUCGAAACACAUAUGGAUCGAUCACAACUCACUCUCCAACUGUGACGAUGGCCUUGUGGAUGUUGUGCAGGCCUCAACUGCAGUUACCAUUUCCAACAAUCUGUUUAAGCACCACGAUAAGGUGAUGCUGUUAGGGCACAGUGAUGCUUAUACUCAAGACAAGGUGAUGCAAGUGACAGUUGCUUACAACCGUUUCGGGCAGGGAUUAGUGCAGAGACUGCCGCAUUGUAGGCACGGCAGUUUCGAUAUAGUGAACAAUGACUACCCUAAAGGGUGGGGGGUAUAUGCCAUUGGAGGAUCUGCAAACCCUGCCAUCAACAGCCAAGGCAAUAGAUUCUAUGCCGAUGCGGUUAAGCAUCCCUAUACGAAUCAGGUUACCAAGAGAAUUGUGGGAAGCGAGUCAGAAUGGAAGAGAUGGAAUUGGAGGUCGUCGGGAGAUCUGUUCUUGAAUGGCGCUUACUUUGUUCCGUCCGGUGAUGCAAGUUCGGCGGCCUAUGUCAAGGCCUCUAGCACCUUAGCCAAGCCAGCUUCCAUGGUUAGAGCCAUGACGGCUAAUGCCGGUGUUCUUACUUGCCGCAAAGACCAAGUUUGCUAA